GGGGAGCAAUAAUCUUGAGCAUAAUUCCUGUGAUAUUAUUGCGUGUCACAUGUGGUUGAGAAAUUUCAUAUUUACAUUUUCGCGAUCAUCGUCUAUUCGUUUAAUCGAUUGAAGGAAGUUUUAUCACCUGGUAUAGAGAUGAACCGCGGACUCCAACUAUACCUGCAAUUAUUUCGCCAGUUUUAUACGUGUGAGUCACGGAAGUCGGAGUGUUGCACCUGCGUUCAAAGAUCGGUACAUACCUAGUGAAAGGGUCGCAGCGUGAAUCGCGGAAUAUCGAAGGGACUCGGAGUUUCCGCAGCGAUUGCGGAUUAUAGUGAAUCUUAAUAGUAAAAGAAACAAAGUCAUGGUAGGCCAGGGGGCGGCGAGGUGAGCUGAGCUCGUGAACCACCCUCGAUGCUUAACCUACGGCUGGUUUCCACUCAUUUCCUUAAGCAGCCAUAGGCAACGCCCUGCGCCUAGCUAAAAAGGGCCUAUGAUGUGCCGUGAAUGGGACAUGAUCCCAAACCUAGUUGAAUUCUACGUUCAGAAUUGAUAUAUUGUUUGGCAAAGAAAAAGAGAAAAGAAAAAAAAAAACAUAAUUAAAUAACAAAAAAAAAACCAACGGGACAAACAGGAUAACCAAAGAAGAACGAACAUUUUUCUGUUUUUUUUAUUGACAAAGUGUAUCGCUUGAACCACCCGCGCUUUCCGAAAUAUUUCUCUACGUAUAACAGAUUAAUACUGCAAAGUUCACCGUAAUUCGUAAGCUCUGAAAUAAAAAGAAGUCGAAUUCCAGUCGACGAGAGGGACGGGAAGGAGCAGAAGUUUGGAAACUCCAUAUCCACAUCCUUCGUCUUUUUUUUUUGUGUCAUUUUGAUUCUUCGUUUCGUUAUUUCAUAUCUCGUGAAUCAUAGUCCAUAAAAGAUUUUCAGGGAUUCAAAGUUUGUGUAAAUUUUUGAUUUCUCGUCUACAUUCGUUUUUUGUCCUCAAACACGGGGUCGUGGCAUGCACGGCCGAUGCAUAAAAAAGUUAGAGGAGAAACGUCAGAAGAGGUUGAAAAAAAAAAUGCUUCGUAAAUAAACUCACGGGAUUGUAAAAUAACGCGAACCCUAGUGGAAGUUUAAAAUCAUUUUGACUGGUAAGAAAGAUAAAAGAAAAGCUCAACCACCGCGACGAAACGAUCCACAUACUUCCCGAGUACAUCGCACCCUUCGGAAGAGAAAAAGUAAUUGAUUAAAUAGAAUAAGGAAGAUUGAAAAAGAAGAAGAAGGAGGAAACCAAAAAAGCCGUUGCUGUAUCGGACAGCUACCAGACUGAACAUCGGAUAUUUCAACCUGUGGAGAGUCGCGAGAGAGUGUAUUUGCGGCGGUGGGUCGCGGUGCCGGCGUAGUGGGAUGAGACGACCCCAGCAGGAUACUCAUCAUCAUCACCACAACCAUCACAACAACCACCACCACCACCAUCAUCAUCAUGGGUCAUCAGCAAGCCCUACCCGUUCGCGCCAAGCCCACGACAAGGACGAAUCUCGCCUUGCUAAGGUCAAGAGAGUCCUUGCGGUCUCCCUCCUCGGUAGAUCGGGCGGUUCGAACCGCGUUUUCGGAGUACGUCUCGAGCUAAUAGAUCCGUACCAAGACACCGGCGUCCCUUUCGUCGUUCACAGACUGUGCAGUUACAUCGAACUCAACGGUUUUCAAAGCUCCUCCGUCUUCCGAUUGUCCGGAGGAAGUCCCCGGGUCGCCGAACGCUUGAGAGCCGCCUUCGAAAGACGGGGUGACGCCGACUUGGAAGGUGCCGGUUGUCCGCCGACAGCCGCCACUUUGCUCCGACAGUACUUGAAGGAGUUACCUCAGCCCGUCGUACCCUCAACUUUGGUCGGCAGUCUUCUCAACACCCAUGCGCAAGAAUACGUGAAGAAUUACGAGAGUUGGAUCAAAUCUACGAAGGAUCUUCUGUCGACGCUUCUUCCUUCCCAUUACCGACUUCUGGGCUAUUUGACGGUUUAUUUGGGCCGUUACGAAGCUAAACAUGGCCGUGGUGCGGGAGUAUGCGGCGUCUUCGCCCCCGUCAUUUUUCCACACGUUCCACCGGCUACAAUCUUACUUCGCGAUAUCCUGGCCGCGGCGUCGGUUUUAUUUCCUGAUUGUACAAGAGAUACAACGGUUAACGGUGUAAUUCCAAACGAUUGCAGGGCCUGUAAAGGUUCGAAAGACAAUCUCAAAGAAUCCGAAACUUCGACAUUGCUGAGUGCACUGAAGCCACGCAAGCGUAAGGAGCGACGGGAAUCCUGCUGUCAGGAACGAAAAUUAGUUAGAAGUAACAGCGAAGAGCAGAUAUUAGAACCGAUUCGGAAGUCUGCAGAUUCCAUCCGGCGCGUCAGUAGCCACGAAGAUUUCAAUAGCGCAAACCACCCUACAGCAACUGCUAAAGUCGGUCAAGAAAUGGGCCAUGGAGUGCGAUGUGCAAGCCUCCCUCUUCACGAGAGAACAAAUAUUUCGCCGGUCUUUCACAAGCCGUCUCCACUUCCCUCGCCGUGCGACGUGGUUCUCGCAGCUGAAAGAUUUGAAUGCGACGCCGAGCGUCUCAGGAGGACCGAACGUUUCAGCAGAAGUGUAACACCGAGAGGACGAAGACAAGCUCGCAGAAGGAGGGUUCACAUUGAAAAAGAUGGCGACCAGGGAUCCAGCAAGGAGAACGAAGAGGAAUCAGAAAACAUGUACGCGGCGUCCAAUCAUGCAAAUAAUCGCAACGGUGCCGGUGGACAAAGUUUUUUGGAGAUGCUCAGCAGUGGACCCAGCAGAUCUCCGUCACCAGCGAGACCUCCGACCGUAGAACACGACGACGGAAUCAAUCCAAGUUUGACAAAUUGGGGAUUUCCACAUCGUCAAGCUGCUGAUGAUGAGGCGAGUGCACGGGUCGAGGCCAUGUUGUCUCCUCGUAAUUCGUUGGUUGUACCACGUCGGUUUUAUUCCGAAACCGAAGUACAACCAAGUGUUCCAAUUACAACUGAACGGGGUCUUAAAACUUUGACGAAGCAUAUUAACGGACUGAAAAAAAAGAUAAAGAUGUACGAGGAGGAGUUUGAAGAGAAUUUUGGAUACCGUCCCAGUCAUUCCGACAAAAUGAGCAACCGUGACAUAAAACGAUUGUGCUCAGAAUUGAAUAAGCUGAGAAAGGAACAUAAGCUACUUAAAGAAGAUCCCAUCGGCGCUCUCUUAGCAAAUGUUAACAAUAAAUCAACUAGCCCUGGGAAUAGAAUAAACAACAAUAACAGCGAAAAAUCAAGGACGACUUUGAUGGAAGAAAUGGUAAUAGAAGUCGAACGAAAAUUGAGCGAUAAAAGGUUGAAAUACGAUAGAUCUGACGAUAUGGACGACCUCACUCACGAACAACUUAUGGAUGAAAAAACUGCUGUGCAAAAAGCACUUCUGCACAUCGAAGGUACCUUCGGGAGGCCUGUUUCUAAGGAAGAUAGAGCAGUGGUCAGACCGCUUUACGAUCGUUACAGAACACUCAAAAGAUUGCUGAUCAGAGCAGGACCGCAUAAGAACAAAGAUAGUGUAUCGGAAUUGGCAACCAUUUUGGAGCAUGAAGCGAUGGAUUUUACAUCAUCGUCUUUGCCGAGCAAUGCUGCUGACGGCGAGAGACGUGCUAGUGAGCCAGACAUGUCGCAUCGAGGAAUCUUGGACUGCAUUGAAAAUGUGGAUCAACUUCCAACCGACAGUGACAGUCAGCACAGUAGCAGUGAGGGUAGUCGAGGUGGUGCGGAGAGCCUUCACGCUCUUCCUCAAGAGGAACUCGAAGCGCAGCAACGAGCUACUCGCGAGGAGAAAAAACGGCUUCGUAGAGCGUUGAAGGAACUUGAGGCUCAAUUCGAAGCGCGAGCAGGUCGUAGAAUGCAACGCGAAGAUCGUGGACCUCCGGUGACUACCGUUUACGAAUCUUACAAACAAGCUAAGGCAAAACUGAGGCUCAUUGACGCUCUGAUUGCCAAGAAAGCCUGACGAAGUAUUUAAGUAUGCUGGGACAGAAGACGAACUGACUUGUGAAGACUUUUCGGGUGUCGGAGCAGGAUUUUCAUAAGGUAGCACACUCUGUACUAAAAAUGAUAAUAAUACGUUCAGUUUAUCACGACAUCAGAGACGACUCAAACAGUGCGAUAGUUUUGCAGUUGAUUUUUUGAUCAGAACUACUGGUUCUUUGAAACUAUCUUGGUAGAUCGGAUAAGAUGCGUAAGUGGAGGCACUGGGUCCAAUUUAAAUUUUGAAAAACCGAAUGAAUUAAACAAAAGACUUUUUUAUCUUGGCAACGUGUUGAUAUGUACUGAAAAUUAUAAAGAGACAUUAUGCGAGUACUUAUCGAGGACAAAUUGGACUUAAUUAUUAUUAUUAUUACUACUAUUAUUAUCAUGAAAAUCGUGAAGGUCGUCUUAUGUAAAGGAGACGGUCGAAUUCGAAUAAAGAAUAAGAACUUCAACACUUUGGGGUCGAUCGGAUUACUAGGGGUGAAAACUGAUUGAAUAAUAUUUCAUUCUGAGAAUAUUUUUGUCCCUAAAUUCGCAAAUUUUAUGACUUAUUCAUGCUGCCCUGGAUUUCUUUGACAAAUUUUUAAUUAUCUGAUAAGAAUAAAAUAAUGAACACAUCCAGAAAUGAAAAUUUUUUGGUACACUUGGUCACAGAUUUUAUCCCUUUAAACGAUAAAAAUAUGAUAUAGUAUGUUAGGAAAUAGAAGAAGCUGUCCGAAGAGCAUCGAAAUAUCAUGAAUCGCGUAGAUCUGCCGCUAAUUAUUGUCGAAGACAUUAAUUUCCACGAUUUUCAUCAUCGUCCGGAUUUACUCACAGUCGGAUAGUACGUAAUAUAAUUAACGAAGGGUUUUGAAAACAUCCUUCUCGUAUAUUCGUAUUGCUAAUGAAAUCUGUUUGCAGACUUUUGUAAGAGUAUAAGAAACAUUAUCAUAAAAUACACGCACUUUACCGUAACAAUUAUAGCCACACUCUUCUACCGAUAACUGCAGUCGUCAAAUCGUAAUAUCACAGAUAUCUCAUUUUUUCUAUCCAUCCCCGUGAUCUCGCUCGUGAGAAUGUGUUAUCAUCGAAUAAUUAAAAACAAAAAACAGAAAAAAAAAAGGAAUCAUGUAUAUGAAAUAAGUACCUUAAUGAAUAUUACAUGUUGUAAUUUUAAGAGUACUAUAAAAUGUUAUGAGCAUAUAUAUAUAACCAUAUUAAAAGUUAUUAAGACCUAUUAUGACUUUUCGAGUUAUUAUUCAAUUGCAGGUGUUUUUACGCGUUCUUUUUAGUCAAAGUUUUAUAACACGUGUAAAUAAGUUUGCUUUUCAUAUACCUCUUAGAUCUGUUGGAGAAAAUAUUCGACAUAAAUAUCGUAUGACACGAAACCAAAACCAUUCUUCAUUUCCAUGGACUGAUCCCUAUUACGGGUACAGGAACUACUUUAAUUGAUAAUUAUCCAAAAGUAUUGUAAUUAUUAGAAGUCAUUUCACGAUUAUCAUUUUAUUGUUAUUCUAAGUGUUAUGACUUAAUUUGAUUCAGGAGAAUCGUAAAGAAUUUUUUAGACCAAAGCAUUUUUUAGUCUGUGAUAAUAAAAACUAUUAUGCAUGAGUCUUAUUAAGGAAAGCAUGGAUUAGUAUCUUUUCGAGUGGUUUCGAUGGAGUUAUACCGUUCGUAGAACGUGUAAUAUGAUACGGUUCUAUCCAUUUUUGGAAAUGUCAAAAUUGAAGUCUGAUUCGGCAAAUCGUGAAGCAAUGUUGGUAGCUUAUAAGAUAUAGGCGAUUCUUACAUUAAGGUGCAAUUUAUAAUAUUAUAAUAAGUUGAAUUGCGCUUCAAUGUAAACGUGACCAAUAAAGAGAAAUUAAUUUUUUUAUUUAGUGCCACAAAAGAGUUCUGAUUUAUCUAAAGACAAAUAUAUAUACUUAUAUAUAUAUACAUAAAUAGAUUUACAUAUACAAUUGCUUUUUGUGGUAGGGAGAAAGAAAAUACUAUUUAUAAGAGUAAUGUUUUUUAUAUUAUGAUAAUAUAAUUGUUUAAAAUAUUUUUUAGCGAGUAGUAAAUAAACUAAAUAUUAUAUAGAGCCAGUAGAAAUUAUAAUAUUUCAUAAGUUUCUCACCAUAUUCUAGCUGAUGCAUUUACAAAUUGAAGACGAAUUUAUCCAUCACUCAAACCUUAUCCAAUUCUAAUUGAUAAGAUAUCGAGAGUCACGUAUUACGUAGAACGAUUAAAAAAAAAAGUCACGUACACGAGUUGAGUAAAAAAAAUCUUUGAAAAUGAAUCGGCUAUAAUUAUUUAACAACAUAUCUAUAGAUGAUACACAUUAUGAAUAAUUCUCACAAGAAAUGAGUGGGCAGUGAAACUGAUGUUGAAAACUUACAAUAAUACCGAUGAAUUAAAUGAAUAAUAUUAUAAUGAUAACUUAUGUGUAGUUGAAUUGCAGACGAUAAUUGCUACAAGACAAUAUUAAUAGAGCGUCUCAUAACCAUCUAAAUUGCUUCAAACAUAUGAAUAUGUAGAUGAAAUAGUAUAUACUCCAUAAACAGUUACAAACGUGA